CUGACGGAGCUGGGCGGCCCGAGUGAAGUCGGAACCCGCUGCUCGGGCAGGGCCGGGGGCCCGACGACCGUGCCCUCGAGGGGUCGGCGCUUAACGGGAACACGGGGUGGGCUGGAGGACCACAGGCUGCACCCGUCGAGGCUGGCUGGGGAAUAUGAGACCGUGUGGGCAGAAGUCAAAUGAGCUGGACAGUACCCUGAAAGAGCUGCAAGAAAUCUCCAGGGCUCAGAAAUGGCACUAAGAGCUAAGAAGGGAUUCCGAGGCUCCAUUGAUGAUGUCCUCAGUGACCUCCUGGGGGAUGACUUGAUACCCCCUGAGAAGCCUGUUGGACCAGCCUCAAAUGCCAAAGACAUGACAGGUGUACCUCAGGGGCUCCCUUCAAAGACAAGGGCAAGGUCCCACCAAGGAGACAAUGUCUUUGGCACCCAGGAAGACUUGGCAGGAGCUGAUGCGGGGAUUUCAGAUAUCUCCGAUGCAGAUCCAGAGGCCUUGCUGAAGACCUUAAAGGACCUUGAUGACAUGGAUGCUGACAUCUUGGGUCUGAAGAAGUCUCACCCAGCCACUGGCAAAAAUGCUGCCAAGGGUUCUGGGAAAGAGCUGCCUAGCAAUUCCAAACCUGCUGAAAAGCUCUUGGCCAGUGAGAAAGGGGCCACCAUUUCCACCAAGAAGUCAUCUCCCUCUCCCAGCAGCUCUGGGCCUCAGUACAGGAAAUUUUCCUUUGAAGACCUGGAAGAUCCCCUGGCAGGACUUCUCUCUGAUGAUGAGGAAGAAAUGUCCAUGAAGCCCCCUGUGACAGAGAAUAAAUCAGCUGUGGACCAGGGCCCCAGCUCAGGUGGAGGUCCAGGUCCCUCUAUUCCUCUGACUCCUGGGGACACUCCCAUUCGAAAGAAGGAAGAUUCGCUGUUUGACGAUGGGGACGACAUCAUGGCAGCCCUGGGCUUUAGUGACAGCCCCAAGGCAGACAAGAGGCAGAUGGGAGACCAGGAAGGGCCCCGCCCCGCACGCUCCAAGCUGGAUGAGCUGCUGGGCCGGGGCACAGCCACCAAACUCCUGGCUCGCCCUGGCACUGGGGAGCACGGAGACUUCAAGCUAAACAAGAAGUACCAGAAGCCUCAGGGUGAACAAGCCCUCGGGAACAGGACAGGACAAGACAAAGAAGACAGCUGGGAUGAUGAUAUCUUCACCUUCGGCGCUUACAAGCCCUCCGUGGGCUCCUCCGAGGGCCGGCAGUCCCGCCGGCAGUCUGUCAGCAGGUUCUUAGCAGAAGGUGGCCCAGACCCCAAGGGAGAACUGGGUUCCAAACAGAGCCCUCAAGCGACUUCCAGCCCCAUCAGCUCCAGAAAGGGCGGAGCAGACUGGUUGGGCCUCAAGGAUGAUGACUUGGACCUGCUACCUCCAUCUCCCAUCCCAGAGGUCCAACAGGAAGGCUCAACAACCUCUCCACCCUCCCUACCUGCUCCAGCCAGUCAGCACUCUGCCCCCGCUGCACUACCAUCAACAGCAAAGGUACCAGCCAAGAACACAGGGCCCCCUGUCCGAGCCAGCCAGGCCUCCACACAGGGAGCAUCCAAGGAGAAAGAAGAGGAGGAUGACUGGCUUAGCCACGUCUUGUCUCAGAAGAAGUCCCAAGGUUUGGCCAGAGAGGAACAUGCUGGGGCCCAGAACUUGAUGGGAACAGCCCGCCGGCCCCAUUCCAGCAGCCAACCCGGUGCCAGCACUCGGGGCACUGAGCAGGCAGUUGCUGGAGCAGCCUCGAGAGCAACAGUGGAAGAAAUGCCAGCUGUCCCGCCCACCGUCGCAGGGUCCCCCAUGAGUUGGAGCCAGACUGCCUUGGCCCCCCCAACAAUGGACCCAAAGAAGGGAACAACCCCUGGAGACUCUGCUGCCACUGAACCUGUGAUUUAUGACUCACGCACUCAGGAACCUACAGUGCCUGUCCAGUCUCUACACCCAGGGUCCUUCAUGCAGAGCCUGCCACCAGGUACAAGAUACCAGAAGCAGCUCCUGGCAGCCCCCACUCAGCUUCAGAGUGGCACUGCCCAGCUCGAAGCAGAACUGCUGGAAAGCCAGGCCCGGGUGGGCGAGCUGGAGGCCCAGGUGCGGAAGCUGGAGCUAGAGCAGAGCCAUCACAAACUGCUGCUGGAGAGUCUGCAGCAGCGGCACCAAGCAGACCUGGAGCUCAUGGAGAAUGCACACAGAAGCCGCAUCAAGAUGUUAGAAACCUCAUACCAACAACGCGAGGAGCGGCUCCGGAGAGAGAACGAGGAAUUAUCCACUCAGUAUCUGACGCACUGCAAAGAGGCUGAGCAGGCCCGAGCUGAGCUUACAGCCCAGCACCAACGGCGCUUAGCAGCAGCUGCACAGGAAAAGGACCAAGAGAUAGAGCGGCUCCGGGACUUGCAGCGGGUGUCCAUCCAGGAGAUGCACAGGGACCACGGGGAGCAACUGCAGCGGCUGAAGCUGCUGAAGGACCAGGAGAUCGACGCGGUCACCAGUGCCACCUCCCACACGAGGUCACUGAAUGGCAUCAUCCAGCAGAUGGAGAAGUUCUCCAGCAGCUUGAACGAGCUGUCCUCCCGCGUGGAGGCCUCCCACGUCUCUACCUCUCAGGAGCGGGCGCUGGGCAUCCGGCAGCAGGACGAGCAGCUGCGAGCAUUGCAGGAGCGGCUGGGCCGGCAGCAGCGGGACAUGGAGGAGGAACGAGGCCGGCUCCAGGAGGUCAUCGUGAAGAUGGAGGCGCGCCUGAAUGAGCAGAGUCGGCUCCUGGAGCAGGAACGCUGGAGAGCGACUGCUGAGCAGUCCAAAGCAGAGUCCACACAGCGUGCCCUUGAGGAACAGAGGAAGGUCAUGUCCCAGCAGCUCACCAUAGAGAGGGAGGAGCUGGAGAGAGCCAAGAGUGCCCUGCUGGAGGAACAGAAGUCUGUCAUGCAGAAGUGCGGGGAGGAGCGGCGGCGCCUGGCAGCUGAGUGGGCCGAGUUCUUCCUGCAGCAGAAGCUAAGUAAGGAACGGGCGGAGCGCGAGGCCGAGCGGGCGCUGCAGGUGGAUUCCCAGCGGGAAGGUGCCAUCAUCAGCCUGGCGAAGGAGCAGGCAGAGCUAAAGGUCAGAACCAAAGAGCUCCAGGCCAAGGAGGAGCGACUGGCAGCUGAGCGGGAGGCUCUAGAGCGAGAGCAGCAGGAACUCCGGCUGCAGCAGGAGAAAAUCCACGCUUCCGCCCUGCGCCUCCAGCUCCGCAUGGAGGAAGUGGAGCAUAUGAGCAAGGUGGCCUCCAAGAAGUACGAAGAGGGUGAGCAGGCGCUGCGGGCAGCCCGGCUGGUGCAGUCUGAGCAGCAGGCCCGGCUGCAGGUGCAGCAGGAGCAGCUACGGCAGCAGGAGCAGCAUGUGCACCAGGCAAGCCCCUGUCUCCUGCCCUCCUCCCCCACACUCAGCUGCACACCCUCCCCACUCAGUCAGUCCUUCUCUUCGGGGCUGGAAUAGGAGCACCUGAGCCUGGCCCAACAGAGGCAGCAGCUGGACCAUACGCGAGACCUGCCUUCCAGCAUCCUGGAGCUCUCCACAGCCCAGCUUCCCACAGCCCACAACCAGAUUGCCUCCGUGAACUCUGCUCCUGCCAUCUCCCAGUACAGCAAACCGUCAGCAGGCCCAGGCUCCAUUCACCUCAUCACCAGGCUACUGCUGCUGAAGUACACGGCUGAGCAGGACAGAGAGUUCCUGGAGGAUGAGAAGUUCUUCCUGGAGACACUGAAGAAAGCUUCCUACAACCUGGCGCCACACUCCACCUGAG